AUGGAUAAAUCAUCUUUUUCGGACAGUUCGGUAGUGGCUAGUAGCAGUUCUAUAAAAUCAUCCAAUAAACUUGGCAAGAUUGGUAUGCAAGAAGGUUCUAAUUCGCCAAGAAUGAGUGCGGUUCAAAACACCGAGGCGCGGGAUUCAUCAGAAGCUUCCUUUGAGCAUGAACCAUUAUUAGAAGGACAGAGAUCAGGGAAAUCUUCGCAUCGUACCCUAGGAGCCGUUGCACCGCAACCGAUCAAUGUCUCUAAUUCGUCGUCGCCUGGGGAUGAUUUUUCCGACGAUGAUUCCGAAUUGCCCAGGGAUCCUUCUGAUCUCUUGUACAGUGUCAGACGAGGUUAUCGAAAUUUCAUCCAUAAAUCAAAGACUCUUUUGAAUAUUAUGAUAUUCAUCAAUACCUUGUGGUUAGUGACAACUUUCAUCAGUGAUUUUUUCUUCAACAUCAACUUUUUGAGAAACAGAAUAACCGGUUUCCAGGACUUGACUCUUAUUUUUGUUUCAAUUGUUGCCAACAGUUUAACUCUAUGGUUUAACAAAAUUGGUUAUUAUUCCUCUUUGGAUCAGUAUUUGAACGUGGUUCUUUGUGGAUUGACAUUGUUCAACUUACUUACAAAUUUACUUGUGAAAUACAUCCGUCAACGUAUCGGGUUAUUAGGAGUGUGCACUUAUUUAUGGGCUGCAGUAUCGUUUGCUGUUAGUGCUGUCAUGGAUCGUUAUCUAUAUUACUUCAAUACAAAGUUCCACCCUAACAAUUACGAUGACGCUGAAGCAGAUAAUGACGAAAAUUCACCGCAUCCUAACGAACAUAGUCACAAGAGCAUCAGAAAUCGUCACACCCUAACCGAAUGGGUUAGUAUUGGGUUUAGAACAACUGUUAAAGGUGUGUUGUUAGUAUUUUUCAUUUUGUUCACAUUAAACAAUGUUCUUUUCUCUCUUGAUUCCAUAUUGACCACUAAGCAGGUAGCACAGGUUUCAACUGAGGCAAAUGCAGCAAGCUACGAUGCAUUCCAUUGGGUAGAUGCUGAUCACAAUUAUCAAAUUCAUUUAAAGUGUUAUGGUGACGUAUUUGAUGCAGAAGGAUCCGAAGACGACAGACAACCUAUUGUUCUUUUCGAACAUGGAGGGGCAGAUACGGCAUUUUUGUCUGCCACAUGGAUUCAAGAACUUUAUCAUUUGAACAGAGUUCAAAGAUAUUGUGUGUACGAAAGGCCUGGUUAUGGUCUAUCCGAUUCCCCACCUGCACCGGUGUCAAUUUCUAUGAUGGCAGAUGCUUUGAAACACGUCUUAUUGAAGGAGGCAAACAUUACGGGCCCCUUCACUACUGUAGGGUAUGACAUGGGAGGCCUUUUCACUCAAGUAUUCACAGCUAAGAACAUUGAUUUGGUCGAAAGCAUGCUUCUUGUUGAAUCGUGGCACCCAGAUUUGCUAUUGAAGAACUACAUUUCAAGAUUGUUACCGGGGGAUGACAAUGAUGAUCCUGAUGAUUAUAGUAAAUUACCAGAUGAGAUCAAUAGACAUAACGGAUUCGUUAUUUGGUGGAAGGGUAUUUUAUCAACGUUCAAUAUUAAGUUACAAACCUCUUGGUUACUAGCUCAUCACGGCUCAAAAGAGAGAAUUUAUGGUCGUGAUAUGAUCUAUCAAGGUAAAUAUUUGCGAAUCAAAUUCUUGGAGAGUGUAACGAGCUCCUUAUUGAGUUAUAAAGAUGUCUUGAACAGCUUAGAAAACCUAAGAGAAAUAAAAAUGAGUGUUGUAAGCAGUAAUGAGCUAAUAAAAAAGUCUCCUCAAUGGGGAAACUGGCAAAGGGAGUUGUCCAAAAUUUCAUCCAAGACACAGGAAUGGAAAAUCGUCGAUGGAGGGCACCAAAUCUACAAGUAUGGGCUUGGAAAGCAGCAAGCACAGGACGUCCUUUUGAGAUUGAUUGGUGAGAAAGACAGAUACUAA